AUGAGCAAUCUCGUGUAUUUGUAUAACUGCCAAGGGUGGUGGAACCAGGCUGAAAGGCUGGGCAAAGAGACCAUGACUGCACGCAAGAAGGUGCUUGGCGUUGAGCACCCCGAUACUCUAUUAAGCAUAGGCAAUCUAGCACACACGUACAAUAACCAGGGCCGAUAUCGAGAAGCUGAAGAGUUACUGGUUCAGGUGAUGAAUAUUCGCAUCAAAGUCCUGGGGAAAGACCAUCCUCAUACAUUAAGGGGUAUAAGUAAUCUUGGGGUUAGUUACCACAACCAGGGCCGAUGGGAUGAGGCCGAAGCGAUGCAAUCACACGUCGUUGCCGCCCGCAAAGUCUUGUUAGGACCAGAGCAUUUCUCAACCCUGACAAGCAUGGCCCACCUGUCAUUGACGUAUCAUAGCCAAGGCAGACAGCCCGAGGCAGAGACGUUGGGUCUGCAGGUGAUGGAGUUGCGCAAGAAGGUACUCGGGCCAGAACACCAUCAUACAAUGAGCCCCAUCCAGAGAAGCCAGAUUAUACGCGCGCCUUCGGAGGAGCCCGUGACCGGAAUCAAGUCGGUCUUUCUCGCGGGCACAACCGCUGCAGUCGAAAACAAUGGCGACUGGCGCGAAAAUCUGUCUGCCUUGCUCUCCAAUUACCCGGUAACCAUUUUCAACCCCAACCGCCCGGACUGGGACAGCACAUGGCGCGAGGACAUCAAUUUUGGUCCAUAUCGCGAGCAAGUCCUGUGGGAGCUCGACAAGAAAGUCGCGGCCGACCUUGUUGUGGUGUACCUGCACCCGGCUACGCUGGCUCCGAUAAGUCUGGUCUUUUAG